CAGAAGUACAGUACUGUACUGAGUACUAGCUCUGUACACUAAAAGAUCAAGUUGAGUCUUGGUUGAGUGAAGUAUUUCUGGGUGGAAAGGAGAAUACACGGAAGAGAAUUGAAUGGAGAGAAAGUGUGAAUCUACACCAUUUUGACGAACUGUAAUUGCGAAGAAGUUAGAGAAGGGAGAGGAAGCAGAUCAAGCCCCACAACCAAGCAGCUUUUGCUUGCGAGUGCGGCCGAGGCUAGUUCGGAUUGUCCGUUGACAACCACUGCUAGGACAAUCAUCCGAGUCUACCAUUUUUAUCUUUAAAUAACUUGUUUGUCACCAUUGAUAACAUAGACAGAGAAACCGAGUAUAGGCAUAUUCUGGAUAGUUUGCUGUAAGGAGAGGUGCGAAAUUUUACAACUGUACUGUAUAAAAAGGAAUAUCUGGUAACAGAUUUAAUUUCGAAGUCAAAUACACUGCGGAGAAUAAUGGAGACGCAUUGGCUGUUGGCUAUGCUCCUACUUCUUACAGGAGGAGUCGAUCAUGCUGCAACGCAAGGCUUUACUUCUGAUGCAUUAGAAAGCAGUAGCACACUUGUUACAACUGAUUCUCCACCAACAACAGGUGAUGGUGGCUCAACUUCUGAAGCACUAAUAACUACUGAAAUUAUGGUUAUAACUGAAAAUUCACAAACAACUGGUGGUACAACCCUAGUUUCUACUACGAUGGCCCAAACAACACAACAACCUGAUACUACUGCACCAAAUGUGACCUGUCCUAAUGCCACAAGUCAAGUCACAGAUCUAAACCAGCCAACAGCAGUAGUGACCUGGAAUCCCCCAGAAGUCAGGGAUGAUGUUGACACUGGUCUGUCUGCUACUUGUAUUCCUCCUUCUGAUUCAUCAUUUAAAGUUGGUUCAACUCUUGUUACUUGUUUUGCUAUUGAUGAUGCUGAAAAUAAUGGCACCUGUACAUUUCAAGUUAAUGUUACUGAUAAUCAAGUUCCAGAAUUAACCUGUCCUGAAGACAUCAGUGAAAACACAGAUGAAAACCAGCCUAUAGCAGUAGUGAGCUGGGAUCCCCUAAACGUCAUUGACAAUGUUGACGAUCCUAGUAAAUCAUCUACUUGUAUUCCAUCUUCUGGUUCAUCAUUUAAUGUCAGUACAACAAGUGUUACUUGUUCUGCUACUGAUGCUGCUGGAAAUACUGGCAGCUGUAUGUUUCUUGUAAAUGUCAUAGAUAAUGAGUUGCCAGUUGUCGCUUGCCCCAGUGACAUAACACAACCGACAAAUUCCGGCGAAAACUUAGCUACAGUGAAUUGGCCAGCGCCAAAUGUUACAGACAAUGUCGACAGAAAUCUACAAGCCACUUGUGAUCCAGCAUCUGGAGGUCCGGUGGAAACUGGUGGUCCGUUGACAGUAACAUGUGAGGCUACUGAUACUGCAGGAAAUGAAGGCAGUUGUAUGUUUACUAUUACGGUAGAAGAUAGGGAACCACCAAUGAUAAUCUGUCCUGAAAAUCUGUCUGUACCAGCCGAGUUACAUGAUAAUAAGGGGAUAGUUGUUUGGCACGACCCUUUUGUCAGUGAUAACUCGGGAUAUGUCACGCUUGGAUGUGACCUGAAUGUAGGACUGUACCCAGCUAAUGUGCCAUUCACUGUCACUUGUACUGCAGCUGACCACUCAAGAAACACAGCCAUUUGUAGCUUUAUGUUUCAGGUCAAAGACAAGGAACCUCCACAACUAAAGUGUCCAAAUAACACAGAAGUGGCAACAAAUCUAGGUGAAAAUGUUGCAACCUAUAAUGUUUCAGUGACUGCAAAUGAUAAUGUGGAUGGUGCUGUGCACACUGUUUGCAUGGGCCAACCAGAUUAUGGUCCUGAGAACAAAUUUGGUCUUGGCGACACAACAGUUACUUGCACUGCUAUGGACACCAAAAAUAAUGAGGGGAACUGCAGUUUUAUAUUGACUGUAUCAGAUCAAGAAUCACCAAAAUUUGAUUGUGAAGACCAAACAUUUAGCCUGUUGUUGACCAAAGGUGAAGCACAAGUAAAUUAUACCAUACCAGAGGCUACAGACAAUGUUGAUGGUGUGUCUGUUCCAUUUUGUUCUCCAGCUAGUGGAACAAAUUUUAUGCCAGGAUCCACUCUAGUAACCUGUGUUGCAUCUGAUACUUCUAACAACACUGGAAAUUGUACCUUCAAUGUCAUAUUAUUAGAUUGUGACCCAGGUACCUUUGGGCCAACUUGUGUGAAUUGCACAUGUGUUGACAAUAAAGAAUGUGUAACAACGUCUGGAGAUUGUCAAGAUUGUGAUGAUAAAGAUUUUGGGUUUGUGUGUAAUUACAUGGAUUUAGCUGUUAAUAUCACUGCUAGAGGUUUGUCUGUACUUGAUGAUGUAGUAACACAAUAUAGAGGAAAAGAUGUUGAGCUUGAAUGCAAUUACAAUUUACUGAAUAUUGAUGGGAAUUGGAGCAGGAAUGGAACAAAAGUAAUGGAUUUUGAAGGAGACAACACUGGAACGGCAACUUACACCAUACGUAAUGUGGAUUUUAAUGUCACUGGUAGUACAUACACCUGUACAGUUAAUCCAUUAAAGUAUACUGACAGGAUAGGUCCUGUUUUCAAGUCAGUUACUGUUAAUGUUGAAGUACCUGCUGAAUUUGACACAAGACCUGAAAACAAAAGCGGUAUACUACAAGAUAACCUAACAUUUACCUGCUCAGCAAAAGGGAAACCUGAAGUUAAGAUCACCUGGAUCUACAAUAACGGAACCUCCAUUGAACCAAUGGAGAAAAAGUAUGCUGUUUUUGAAAGUAAAACUGAAGAAAACAUGAUCAUUACAACAAACAGUAUACUAGUUGUAUAUAAUAUUUCAAGAAGUGACAAUGGUAUAUACAAGUGUCGAGUAGGCAACACUCUAGUUAAUGAGGUUGAUGCACUUGUUGACGACUUCGAAAUAAUCGUCCAAGAAAAACCAGACCCUGUAAUAAUCAAUGAUAAAGAAUCCCAAGCCACUGCAAAGGCCACAGAAAUAACUGUUAAGUGGACUCGAGGAAGUGAAAGAAAAAGUAAAAUUCAAAAUUGCACUGUUGACUACAAGGAACAAGGUGAAGAUAUGUUCGAUUCUGUAGAAGCUGAAAGUGAUGAAUCUCACAAACUAGUGGGCCUCACGCCUUACACUGAUUAUGAUAUAGAGGUAUUCUGUAGUAAUAACAUUGGAAGAAGUGACAAGGACAAAGUUAUUUUAAAAACUGCUGAAGCCGCUCCUACAGCCCCAGGAAAUGUACAGGCAACGUAUGUGAAUGAGGAUAAGAUUGAGAAUGAUUUAUGCCGAGUAACCUGGACUGCACCAGCAGAACUGAAUGGAGUGAUUACAAGCUACACUGCUAAUUAUACUGUAGCCCCUGUAGGUAAUGAAGGGUCUAUCGAGGUUAACCGUAUGAAAAACCAGGUUGGUGCUGGUGUAACGUUAGAUAUUGAGGCCAAUAAGCCUAAUUCAGUGUACAAAAUAAAAGUAUUUGGUACAACAAUAGCAGCUGGACCAGAAUCAGAAGCAGCAACAUGCACAACAGCUGUAGCAGGGCCAAGCAAAAUAGAGACACCUGAACAACCAACCAAUCCAGAGGUUAACCAUGAUUCUUUUAAAAUAACACUGGUGGAACCUUCUGCACGGAAUGGUUCUAUUAGUUGCUAUGCAGUAAUUGUUGUACAGUGGGGAGCUAGUGAUGAUGUAGAAAAUGUGGAUCCAGACAGAGAAUUCCCAGACUAUCAGCUAAAGUCUUACAACGAAGCUAAGAACAAACCAUAUGUGCCUUACAUUGCUAUUGCAUUUGGAGAGUUUCAGAAAGAAAUAACCAUCGGUAGUGGAUGUCAAUCAAAUUCUAGACAGUGUACAUCUGUACCUUACCCACAUGUUGGCAUUAAUGGAAAAUUGGAAAGUGAAUCAACAUACACGGUUUUCAUUCGAGCAUAUGUUAGUGAAGGGGUAUAUUCAUCUAGUCCAUUGAUGGAACCAGUUAAAACAGGAAGUAAGUACAAUUUAUAAUUUCCUCCUACAUUU